CUGGGGCCGCGGCCCGUUUAUAGCCGUGGCCCGGCCCGGCCGCCCGGAGAGCGGGCACUGGCUCGUCCUGAACCCGCUCCGGAGUGGCUCCGCCAUGGAUCUGCAGAUCCUGGAGCACCGCGUGCGGGUGCUGAGCCUCGCCCGCCGCGGUCUCUGGCUCUACACGCACCCGCUCCUCAAGCUGCUGCUCCUGCCCCGGCGCAGCAGGUGCAAGUUCUUCAGCUUGACAGAGACUCCAGAGGACUACACUGUUAUGCUGGAUGAAGAAGGCUUUAAAGAGUUGCCCCCAUCAGAGUUCAUGCAGGUGGUGGAUUCCACCUGGCUGGUGCUCAACGUCUUGUCCAACGGCAGGUCCUCCACCAGCUCCCAGGCCAUAGGAGUGACGAAGAUUGCCAAGUCAGUCAUCGCACCACUGGCCGAGCACAAUGUCUCGGUGCUGAUGCUGUCUACCUACCAAACGGACUUCAUCCUGGUGCGGGAGAAGGACCUGCCUGUGGUGAUCCACACCCUGACCGGCGAGUUUGAUAUCUACAAGGAGGUGAAGGGAGAGUCUAUCUCUGUUAACUGUGAUGACGUGAGCAAUGGCUUCCUGGAACCCAAGCAUGCUGCGAGCCCUACCAUGCACCCUGUGCAGAGUCCCCGGAACAGGUUCUGCAUCCUGACCGUGGCUCCUGACACCCUGCCAGCCAUUGCGACCAUGCUCAUAGAUGUCCUGUUCUAUUCACACAGCCCUCUAAAGGAAGCUGCUCCAGGCAGUCAGGAUCUCGAUUCCAUCAGGUUUUUCGCUUUCUCAUUGAUCGAGGGCUAUAUCUCCAUCGUCAUGGAUGCAGAGACCCAGAAGAAGUUCCCCAGUGACCUGCUGCUGACCAGCUCCUCUGGGGAGCUCUGGCGGAUGGUGAGAAUUGGCGGGCAGCCACUGGGCUUUGAUGAGUGUGGGAUAGUGGCUCAGAUUGCCGAGCCUCUGGCCGAUGCAGACAUAUCAGCGUAUUACAUCAGCACCUUUAACUUCGACCAUGCCCUGGUCCCAGAGGAAGGCAUUGACAGCAUCAUCGAGCUGCUCCAGAAGCGCCAGGAGAGCAGUAGAUAGCUGGCACAGCAGCUCCCGUGCGCUCUGACGCCUGUCCGGAAAGGCGAGGGGGAGUUCAACACUGACAGCAGGGCAGAGAACACUCCAGUCUCCUGUUUCUGAUGGCAGCUCCACAUCAGCAGGGGCCUCUUCUUUGUCUUCAAGUCUCCGGGGUGUGGCUUGCCCUGCGGUGCAGGGCACAGCUCCAGCUGUGGAGCAAGCCCUGGGCUUCAGCAGGAGAGUCCUUGCGUUCUCCUUGGGAGUGCUGGCUCUGACACACUCCCGAGUGUCCCACUGGGGAACUGAGUUUCCUGCAGCAGUUUGUGUUACCUGCCCCAGGGCUCCUUGUAUCCCGAGACUCACCCCUCAGGGAGCAGAGUCCACCACGAACUGGUGUUGGGCAGAGGUUGCCCAUCUGUGGAUUGUAACUGUCUCAACUUGGAGUCAAGCCUGUCAUGUUUGUUUGUUUGUUUGUUUUUUCCUUUGACUGUUUUUGUAGCCAACUACCUAGUUGCAUAGAGCCUUCAGUAGUUAGUAUUUCAUUUGCGAUGCCAAGCUUAGGCAGCAGUGGGGCGUUCUUCCUAAAGGCUGGCUGGUGGGCAUCUGUGUAUGUGGUAGGGGAUAGGGAGUUUCUUCCCUUCAUGUGUUGGGGCAGUAGCUGGCUUCAUGAGAAGAGGUGCUGGGCACUGGGUUGUCUAGCAGCUGAGUGCCAAGGAAGAGGUUGCUAUGGUACAAUCAUUCCUGACACAUGGUCACGGGUGUGGGAGAAAUGACUUGUUUGGGAUUGUGUGGUCUUGUAGCAGUGUUAACAGCCCUGCCAGGUGCUCAAGACAAGCGCUCAGCCUCUUGGACAGUCCUGGCUUAGCACAGUAUUAAGAAUUGCAGGUAACCUAAAGUAUUUAAGAAUGGUCCCUAUUUGUAGCAUGGCCCUCCCAAGGAAGGAAGAGCAGAGAGCUUGCUAGGGUAGACUCUUCUUCCUAUAAUGCUGGGAAAUGUGUGACCCAAACCCCUCUGUGGCUGCCUAGCUGCACUCAGAUAUGAUGCUUUUAUAAGCCCCCUCUCCUUAGGGCAGGGGAGCAGGGAUUGAUUGACCCAGACUCCCAUCUGGUGGGCUGGAUGGCAUCUGUGCCAGAAUGGAGUGUGCUAGACAGCUGAGUUAUUUUUAGGAUUUCCAGGGUACAUGCAACUCCAUGUGGGGAAGGGAGGAGGGUGGGAAAUAUACAAAUCUGCUGGUUGUGAAGCUGAGAAUUUCCCCAGAUUGGCACAAGACAGUUGUGGAAGAAAAGCAUAUCUGAGUUGUGUGGCGGAAGUGCCUGCAUUGCAGCUGGAGUGUGCAUGGAGAUAGCUGGAGUUACCCUUGUGAUGGAUGCUGAGAGAUCCAGGAGCCGUGUGUGUGUUUUUUCCCUUUCAUGUUCCCCUCAGACUGGAGUCACAACAUAACCUAUGGUUACAAGAGGAUUCCAGGGAGGUGGAAUUCCCUCUUUGUGUCUCCUGCACCCUUGUUUUCUGGGGCAUUGUCAUGGCAGUGGCUUUCAAGGGACCCCCCCUUCCCAGCCUCUGCCAAGCCUGCUGCUUCCCAGAGAUGGGGGUGGUCCUCCCAAAGGUGGUGAGGCUGUCCCUCCCGGGCAGCCACAAAAGCUGCCUCUAGGUGAAUGAGUAGCUUGUUACCAUAUAAAGAUUUUCCUUGUUUCUGCAAGGGAGUGGCUCUCAAUCUCCAGUUCAUCGCAAGGGCACUCUUCCUCUCAAAACUCAUUCCCCUUUGAAGCACAGCUGUGUCUCUUACAUGAGGGAACAGCUGUCAGCAGUGACUGGAAGAGAUUCUCCCAGAGUCUGGUCUUGGAUUUCAACCUACCGCUCAACUCCCUUUUCUGUGAGCCUUCAAGACGGAGCAAGCUGGGUUGGCAGCAGUAGCACUUCUCAGCCAGGAUGAACACUCCCACCAUGCCUUAGCAUAGGAAAACCCUUGAGAAACUGCCAUGGUCCACUGCCCAGUGUCCAAGCCAUACCUGGGCUGCUGGAAAUACUCUAGAUGGGGCAUCCUGUGUGCCACAAUGAGUUUGGGGGUGGACGAGGCAUGUUCAGGGAGGCCAUGAGCAGGUUCUCAGAACAGCAGGGUGAUGUGAUGUAAGGGCAGCUGUCAUCCGUGGGUGACUCUUGUUCAUCUGUUUAGUGUGCAUAGGAAAGGCCUCUGGCUGCUACCCAGUGGCUGACUGAUUCAUCCUCAAGUGACUUUCUCUCUGAGUUUCUUGCCGAUGCAGCAAGAUGCCCGCCAGUUUGUGCAGCAAAACCAGAUUUCCUUAAUCUUCUAGUUUUUUGCAUAGUUUUUUAAUGUCAAUAAAUCUCCCAUUUUGAA